AUGGCAACAGUGUUACCUCCCCCUAGUAAACGCCAACGGCGCGAAAUCGAUGAAAAAGCACGACAACAACAGGAGAUUGAUUCAAUCCCAGAGGAUUUGGGAAGUGUUCGAGUCCAAUUUUUUGACCAGUCUACUGGGACUGCUUCCGGCCCGGCCGUGGCCGUUCCUUUGGGCGAUGCAACGGUGAAGAAUUUAGAGAUCCUACUGAAUACGCUUCAAGGACAUGAUGAUCACGAAAGGAUUCCGUAUAGAUUCACAUACAAGCAAGAAGAUAAGGAUGGGAAUGUAAUUGAUAUUUCAUCCGACCUGUACCACUCUCUUCUUCAACCUGGUAUAAAGACAGCUGAGGACAUCAUCCAUUUACAAUAUACUCCACAAGCUGUAUUCCGCGUCAAAGUUGCAUCAAGAUGCUCUGCUUCAAUAUCAGGACAUGGAGAAGCUAUAUUAGCAACAUCUUUUGCCUCAUCAUCGUCUUCGCGGAUGGUGUCAGGCAGUGGUGAUUCCACUGCGCGAGUAUGGGAUUGUGAUACGGGAACCCCCCUCCAUACGCUUAAAGGCCAUACCAGCUGGGUUCUGGCCGUAAGUUGGUCACCUAACGACAACAUAAUAGCUACAGGAAGCAUGGAUAAUACCGUCAGGCUCUGGAACCCUCGUACGGGUCAAGCCCUAGGAGCACCCAUGAAAGGGCACACAAAGUGGAUUAUGGGUCUUGCCUGGGAGCCAUAUCAUCUACAAAGUCCUGGGAAACCCAGACUAGCUUCUGCAUCUAAAGAUUCAACGGUCCGAAUAUGGGAUGUCGUGUCCAGACGAAUUGAAACUGUAUUAACGGGCCACAAGGGAUCCGUAUCAUGUGUGAAAUGGGGUGGCCUUGGUAAAAUAUAUACCUCUUCUCACGACAAGACCAUCAAAAUAUGGAAUUCAGAGAGCGGGAGUCUAAUACAAACGCUAUCUUCCCAUACUCACCGUGUCAACCAUCUAGCACUAUCAACGGAUUUCGUCCUUCGUACGUCCUUCAAUGAACACAACCAAAAGCCACCAGAUAAAGAAGAGGAAAAGAUAAAACUAGCAAAGGAGAGGUUUGAAAAAGCCGCCACGGUCAAUAAUAAGAUAUCCGAAAAAUUGGUCUCUGCAAGUGAUGAUUUCACUAUGUUUCUAUGGGACCCAGAGGCAUCAAGCAAACCGGUUGCUCGAAUGUUAGGCCACCAAAAGGAGGUCAAUCAUGUCACAUUCUCCCCAGACGGAAUAUAUAUUGCUUCUGCCAGUUUUGAUAACCAUGUGAAAUUGUGGAAUGCUCGAGAUGGGAAGCUUCUAGUCUCUUCCUCUAAGGACACUACUUUGAAGAUCUGGGAUGUCCGAACAGGGAAGCUGACUAUGGACUUACCUGGCCAUCAAGAUGAGGUAUAUGCAGUUGACUGGAGCCCAGAUGGAGAGAGAGUCGGAAGUGGAGGAAGAGACAAAGCAGUACGAAUAUGGAGGCAUUAG